AUGGCUGUAGAAGAAUAUCCCUCAAACGUGGCGCCGGCGCCAUUAUGGUACAAAAACCCGCUUCUCAAGCCCGCACUCCCCUUUCUAGUCGGAGGAACCUCUGGAAUCGUGGCCACGAUAUGCAUCCAGCCAAUCGACAUGAUAAAAGUGCGCAUCCAGCUAUCCGAAGGCGCCGCAACACCUGUGAGCGUACUCCGGCAGGUAGUUUCGCAAGGCCGCAUUCUCGAUCUAUAUAGCGGGCUGUCCGCCGGUAUCCUUCGACAGGUGGUAUACGGAACGGCACGUCUAGGCCUAUUCUUCACUUUCGAGGAUAUUCUCAAGCAGCGCGCGAGCAGGAAUGGGACGAAAUACGGAUUUCCCGAGCGUGCUUCUGCGGGUAUCGCGGCGGGGGCUUUGGGUGCUACGAUUGGGAACCCUGCGGAAGUAGCGCUUAUACGCAUGCAAUCUGAUGGGUUGCUUCCGAAGAGCCAGAGAGCGAAUUAUCGUUCGGUUUUUCAUGCCCUGUCGUCUAUUACGCGCAAUGAGGGUGUGAAGGGGCUCUGGAGUGGCGCGUAUCCUACGAUUAUUCGUGCUAUGGCUGUGAACUUUGGACAAUUGGCGUUUUUUUCAGAGUCGAAACACCAGCUGACUGAACGGACGGAUCUUUCGGAACAGACAAAGACUGUUGCUGCAUCGUGUAUAGCGGGAUUCUUUGCUGCGUUCUUCAGUUUGCCGUUUGAUUUUAUGAAGUCAAGAUUGCAGUCUCAGCGGAAGAGCGCGGACGGGGUGGUGAGGUAUAAAGGGAUGAUGGAUUGCUUUGUUAAGGUUGCUAAGGAUGAAGGGUUGUUGAGGUUCUAUAGGGGCUUUGGAACUUAUUUCAUGAGGCUUGCACCACAUACGGUGAUCGCGCUGAUUGUCGCUGACAAUCUGAAUAUGCGAUUGAGGUGA